GUGCUCUGCCAAAAAUAAUGGCUUCUAGGGGAAAAUUCCUGACUAUGCACGAGAUAUUAGGUAUAUUAGAAGAAGAUGAGAGCCAUGCAGACGUUUAUAUUGAGCCUAAUGAUCCCGGCCUAUUGACUGAUGAAGACUCUGCUGAUGAAGUGGAUAGUGAUAGUGGAUUGAUAGAUAAUUUGUCCGGCAGACAACUGACUGGUAAUGCUGAAGCUGUAUUCAAUGACGGACGACGUACGACUGAAGAUGAUUGUGAAGAUCAACUGAGUGGCAAUGAUGAAGCUUUUUUCCACAACGAACGUAGUACUACUGAAGAUGAUGGUGAGGCUCAUGAUUCUUCGCCUAUCAAUAACUAUAAGACUCCAAAAUGUAGUCUUGGCACUUCACUCACACCUGGUGACCGCAUAUUUCCUGAGGCAAAUUAUGCAAAAUAUAGAGAUUUUACUCCGGUUGAACUUUUUGAACUAUUUUUUGAUGAUGAUGUGUGGAAUUUGCUAGUGGAUCAGACAAUUGUCUAUGCAACUUUCAAAGGUGAAACAGAUUUCUUGGUAAGCAAAGAUGAAAUGAAAGUGUUCCUUGGAAUUUUGAUAGUGUCUGGUAUCGUUCCUUUAUCUUCUCGGAGGAUGUUUUUGGAGAAAUUCAUCUGUGACAAGAAAUGA